AUGGCUAAUGAUGGAUUGUCAGGAACAAGAUCCAUACCAGUACGUGUUACUGGAGAAGAAGGAACGGGAAGUGCUUCGAAGGAGACCUCUACUUACAACAAUGGAGAUCCUCUUUUCUUACAAGCAUCUGACCAUCCUGGAAUGAUGCUAGUCACAGUACCAUUAACAGGACAGAAUUUUCUUACCUGGAGCAAAUCGAUGAAGAUUGCUCUAGAGGCGAAGGUAAAACUUGAUUUCAUUACUGGAGAUUGCAGAAAACCUGAAAAAAAUUCGACUGAAUAUGCUCAAUGGAGAAGAGUAGACUGCAUGGUGAUCUCAUGGAUAUUAAAUUCAAUGGCGAAAGAAAUUGCAGAAUCAUUUCUCUAUGCUGGAUCUGCUAGAGAAUUAUGGAAGGAAAUUGAAGAACAUUAUGGUGAGAGCAAUGGUCCUAUGAUUUAUCACAUUCAACGUGCGAUCAGCUCAAUUCAUCAAGGAAAUCUGAGUAUAAUGCAAUAUUACUCAAAAUUGAAGAAAUUCUGGGAUGAGUUGAAUGCCCUAGAUCUUGUACCACAAUGUAUAUGUGAACAAUGUAAUUGUGGUGCGAUCAAAAAAUUGAUUGAUAGAGAAGCUUCAAACAAAUUGAUGCAAUUUUUGAUGGGGCUAAAUGAGUCCUAUGAUAAUUUGAAGAAUCAGAUCCUAUCUAUGGACCCAUGGCCUACGGUGAAUAGAGCCUAUUCGAUGAUGAUACAAGUGGAAAAACAAAGACAGGUACAGAUGGUGUAUUCAGAGGGCAGUGAAACUAAUGCACUAUUUACAAGGAUGACACAAACAAACAGCAGAAGAGGAGGAACAUCAAUUAGAAUUGGAACUGGAAGAGGAAAUUUCAAGAGAUCUGAGAACUGGAGAAAGGGAAAGGAAAAUCAGUUUUGUAGUCACUGCAACAGAUCUGGUCAUGAUAGAGAGAGUUGCUUCAAACUUAAUGGAUAUCCGAAUUGGUUCAAGGGGUUGAAGGAUCAGAGACAGGGACAAGAUAUGAAUAGAAUUACAACUGUUAACUCAACAGAAACUCCUUUGGAUGUGGAUACAGAACAAGAUGAAAGCAAGAGUAAUGAAGUACAGAAUAAUCUAUCCAACAUGAUCCAACAAGAAUUGAUGAAGUUAAUGAAGGGAAGGUUGAAUAUGGGAGACAACCACAUUAAUUUUGCGAAUCUGGAAGAUUUUGCAGGUAAGAUUCAUGCCUUAACUCUUAAACUGAGCACAGCUGAUUUAUUUGAUGAUAACUUCUGGAUAGUUGACACUGGCGCCUCCAACCAUAUGUGUAAAGAACUGAAAUCAUACCAGAAAACUAAGCCUACAUCCAUAAAACUUCCUGUCCACUUACCUGAUGGUAGCAUAAAAUAUGUUACAACAUCAGGAGACAUUCAGCUCCACCCAACUUUAACCAUAAAAAAUGUUCUAUACUUGCCAAGCUUCAAAUACAACUUACUAUCUGACCAGAAGACUGAGAAAGUUAUAGCUGUUGGUUGA